AUGUAUGCAUUCUCGGGGGCGGCGUUGACCAUCUUGUGUCUCCAGUGUAUCAAUACCAACGAACUCCUUGCUGUGAAUGUCAACAAGGACCCGAACACACUUGCAUGGGAUGACGUUGUGGCUGAUAUUUUAGAGCAAGCUACUCUCUGGGUUGCAUUCUAUUUCGUCGAGAGAGUGCUGAUAUCCUACAUUUCGGUACACUACCACUAUCGAGCAAAUCACGCCAAGAUUGCUUACACGAAGGACCUGCAAAAUGCCCUUAUCACGCUCUACGAUGCAUCGAUAUAUCUUCACCCCUCGCAUCGCGGCACCUUUGAUGAGGAUGACAUGAUAAUCCGGAAUGCUGCUGGCGGAACUCAUGACCAAGAGCGGAUGAGGGUCUCAAGCUACCUUGCUCGACUAGGACUUGAUGGCUACAAGCUCGUUGGACUAUUCGGGGAUUUCAUUUCCGACGAUCCCAAGGCCCAUUGGAUGCGCCCUGCGAGUACCUACGCGAUUAUAGAGCGUGCUUGGGGUAACCAAGAGGCGUCAAGUGCACUUGCAAGGCGCAUCUGGUUCUCCUGUGUCGCCCAGGACAAGUCGAGCCUCACUCUUAAUGACAUCGAGGAAGUCCUCGGACCCCAUCGGACCCCGGAGGCCACGAGAAUCUUCACGACCUUAAACGAAGGCCAAAGUCAUGAUAUCCGCCUUGACGAGUUCACGGCGAUCAUCCUGGAAGCUGGCAAAACGCGCCAGGACAUAUACCGCAACAUCAAUAAUAUGGACCACUGUAUCAACACUUUCGAUUGGUUCUGUCUCUUGAUAAUUGCCGCGGUGAUGAUCUUUUUCAUCAUGAUUGCAUAUGUCCCGGCGAUGAAAGAAAUCCAAAGCGUCUUGUCUUCCUUAGCUAUUGGUCUUUCAUUUGCUGUUGGUCGUACAUUCCAUCAUCUCCUUGUCGGCAUCGUCUUUGUUUUCUUCGAUCAUCCAUACGACAUCGGCGACGUCGUCAAUGUUUGUAACGCUGGUGCAGCUACGGGUAUUGCCUGCACUGUCAAACAACAGUCUCUUCUAUACACAGUCUUCAGACGACUUGACAACAACUGCGACUUUCAAAUUUCCAACGAACAACUCACACAAAAGCGAGUGGAGAACUACACCAGGUCUGGUAUCAACCGCCAAGGCUUGUCCUUGUUCGUGGACUUCAGGACCAGCUUUACAGACAUCAUGCGUUUGAGAAGUGUCCUAGAAGAAUUUCUGGCACAGAACUCGCGAGAUUAUGUCCCAGAGACACUAGGGUUGAAUGUGGCAAGUCUUCAUGAGCUAAACAAAAUGGAGCUUAAAAUUGCGUUCACUCAUCGCAAUAACUGGUCGGAUGACAAACUUCGCUCCCAGCGGAGUAGCAAGUUCCACUGUGCCUUGGUUUCAGCGUGUCGCUCUAUUCCACUUUACAAACCAGGUGGCAUGUCUCCUUCUGCUGGCGAAAACGGGAACCCCAUGUAUACUGUUCAGUUGGAUGCCUCUAAUGAGCUGCAAGAGAACAUUGAGAAGGAACAGGCUCGUAGAUAUGGCUUGCGAUGGGAUCAUCUCAAUGAGAAUCCACUUCCACAGGCAAGCCAGGUUCAAGCGGGAGAAAGCUACAAUGAUGCUCGCGACUUGGGAACUGUAGAAAAGACCAAAGCAGCCAAGGCAAAAGAACAGGAGGCUUUCCUGAGAUUGGCAAGACUUCCCAUAAUAAACGAGGAGAUGGGGGCAAGUACUGGCAUAGGUCUUCCGGUUUCCGCGAAUGGAUUGCGUCAGUCUGUCAAGCAUUUUCUUUGA